AUGCCUGAGCCAAGUGAGGCCUCAAAUACCCAAGAGGCUCCCCAUGUUAUGUGGGUCCGCCAAUUAAAUGACUCUCGACCCAUGAUGAUUCUUUGGUUGGACGGGAAGCCCUUCCGUGGCUUGAUUGAUACUGGCGCUGAUGCCACGGUUCUCUCUCGAAAUUUCUGGCCUUCAGCAUGGCCUUUGAGCCCCACCGCCACUCACUUACAAGGAACUGGGCAGACCCAAAGUACAUUACAAAGUGCUAAGAUUCUAAUAUGGAAGGAUGAAGAUGGUAAUACUGGCCUCGUUCAGCCCUAUGUCGUUGAGAAUCUCCCUAUCAACCUUUGGGGCCGGGAUAUCUUAAGUAAAAUGGGACUCAUGAUGUGCAGUCCAAAUGAGAUGGUCACCAGACAGAUGCUCCAACAGGGCUAUCGGCCGGGAAAAGGGCUGGGCAGGAACGAGCAAGGUAUUAAAGAGCCUAUUGAGCUCACCCCUAUAAUAGGAAGGGCUGGGUUGGGAUCCGAUCCUAACCUUUUUUCAUAA